AUGCAAACUAUAGUAGUCUUAGAAAAUAUUAACCCUGCCAAACGGGAAUUAUUGAGAAAAUUGUCAGCGACUCAGCUCUUCUCGCCGCAGCGCAUCGAAGCCACCAGAGAUUUGAGGGUGAAUAAGGUGAAGGAACUUGUGAGCUUCAUGAGUGAAAGCAGCGAAAGAGAAGAAGCUGUUGAUAUUUCUCGUGCAUCUUUCAUCACAGCUCUUAACAUCAUAUCAAACAUUUUGUUUUCGGUCGAUCUCGGUAACUACGACCCGAAAAAGUUCAAUGGAUUUCAGGACACGGUGAUUAGUGUCAUGGAAGCUGUCGGAGAUCCAGACGUUGCUAAUUACUUUCCAUUUAUGAGGUUUCUUGAUCUACAAGGUAAUGGAAAGAAGAUGAAGGCCGGUUGUGAGAGGUUGUUUAAGGACUUGUUCACGGCAGGCACAGAUACAAGCUCUAGUACCUUAGAGUGGGCAAUGACAGAGUUACUAGGUAGCCCUAAAACGAUGGCGAAAGCUCAGAUGGAGAUCGAUCGUGUGAUAGGCCAAAACGGCACCGUUCAAGAGUCUGAUAUCUCAAAACUUCCUUAUUUACAAGCGGUUGUGAAAGAAACGUUUCGUGUGCACCCACCCGCUCCUCUUCUCGUCCCACGAAAAGCUGAAGCUGACGCAGAGAUUCUUGGGUUCAAGGUGCCUAAAGAUACUCAGGUUUUGGUGAACGUGUGGGCCAUAGGACGAGACCCGAGCGUGUGGGCGAAUCCGACCAGGUUCGAGCCAGAGAGGUUUUUGGGGAAAGAGAUUGAUGUGAAAGGUAGAGAUUAUGAGUUGACACCGUUCGGGGGCGGACGGAGAAUUUGUCCGGGACUGCCUUUAGCUGUGAAGACAGUGUCUCUAAUGCUUGCUUCUCUUCUUUAUUCCUUUGACUGGAAGAUUCCAAACGGCAUCGUUUCUAAAGACUUGGACAUGGACGAGACCUUUGGUCUCACAUUGCACAAGACCAACCCGUUACAUGCCAUUCCCGUCAAGAAACGCGCCAUUAAUUAGCGGUUUGAAGAAGUCAAAGGCAUCCUCUCUUUUUUUUUGACUAAGUAAUCCAUGAUAUCGACCGUGGGUUAUACGUCAUAAUAAGUUGGACAGAUCAGGAGGUUACAAAGAGAAAGUCCAAAAUGUUUUUUGAUUUUCUUCCGCCGUAAGCAACUUGAUUUCAACAUGUCUUUUGUUUAUCAAUAAAGAAGAGUGUACGUAUCCAACAUUUCCAAGUAGAGAAGAUCGCCUGAUUGUAACAGAUGUCAAUCGGUUCAAAAUCAGAGUUGAUCAUCUAAGAAAUUUUGGUUGUUCACCUUUUGUUAACACAGUAAGUACAAUAAAAGAAAAGAAAAGUUCAAGAGCGG